AUGACUCCCCAAAAACCAACCAUCCUCCUCCUCAACGGCCCAAACCUCAACCUCCUGGGCACGCGCGAGCCCCAAAUCUACGGCUCGACGACCCUCCCCGAGGUCGAAUCGCGCUGCGUCGACCUCGCCUCGUCGCUCGACGUCAACCUGCGCCACGUGCAGUCGAACCACGAGGGCGCCAUCGUCGACGCCAUCCACGCGCUGCGACGCGACCUGCCGCUGGCCGGCGUCGUCAUCAACCCGGGCGCCUUCACGCACACCAGCGUCGCCAUCCGCGACGCGCUGCUCGGCGUCGGCGCGCAGUUCGUCGAGCUGCACGUCUCCAACGUGCACGCCAGGGAGCAGUUUCGGCACCACAGCUACCUGAGCGACAAGGCUGUCGCCGUCAUUUGCGGCAUGGGCGUUGAUGGGUACGCCGUGGCGGUGGAGUUUAUGGCCAAGAGGUUGAGAGCGCAGGCUGGGGCGAAACUGUAA